CUAGAUGUUCAUGAAUACAUCUCAAACAAGCAAAAAAAUGUCUUCCAUUCCACUUCCCACUACCAAUACUCUCUCUUCUUCAACCACCACCACUUUUUCCAACUUGCAUUCUUCUCCUUUCUUUGCAAAAACAUCAAAAAUUUCCUCCAUUAGAAAGCAUAAUGUCCAUCGUAAUUUCCAAGUCUCAUGCAAAACCAUAGAUGAUAAUAGUCAUGAACACAAUAACUCACCCAUCGACAUUUCUAAAAAGAACGAUUCUUUAAACAAUAUGAUCGAUAGAAGAAACGUUCUACUUGGUUUAGGAGGUCUUUAUGGUGCUUCUACUCUUGUUGGUGGUCUCCCCUUUGCCCUCGCCGCUCCGGUGAACGGACCCGACGUUACCAAAUGUGGGGCCGCAGACUUGCCACCAGGUGCAGCACCGGUCAAUUGUUGUCCUCCGAUGAGCGGAAAUAUCAUCGACUUCCAGCUUCCAUCAUCCACCGCACUCCGUACACGGCCAGCAGCUCAUUCAGUGGAUAGUGCCUACAUAGAGAAAUUCAACAGAGGUAUUCAGCUGAUGAAGCAACUUCCUGACGACGAUCCACGUAGCUUCAAACAACAAGCAAAUGUUCAUUGUGCUUAUUGUGAUGGUGCUUAUGACCAACUAGGGUUCCCAAAUUCAGAGCUCCAAGUUCAUUCCUCUUGGAUUUUUCUUCCAUUUCAUCGUUGUUAUCUCUAUUUCUUCGAAAGAAUCUUAGGAAGUUUAAUCAAUGAUCCUACCUUCGCGAUGCCAUUUUGGAAUUGGGAUCAUCCUGAUGGCAUGCGUAUGCCAGGAUUGUACACAAACUCUACCUCUUCUCUCUAUGAUCGACUCAGAGAUCGGAGGCAUCAGCCUCCGACUAUGGUCGAUCUAGACUUCAAUGGUACCGAUCCUAACAUAAGUAACGCUCAACAAACAUCUCAAAAUCUCACAAAUAUGUAUAGACAAAUGGUAUCUCUCGGAAGAACUCCCGAGACUUUCCUCGGGGACCCUUACCGCGCUGGUGGGGUCCCCGGUGGAGCUGGGUCCCUCGAGAACAUGGCUCAUGGUGCGGUUCAUGUUUGGACCGGUGAUAGAACCCAAGCCAAUUUCGAAAACAUGGGAGAUUUUUAUUCAGCUGCUAGAGACCCUAUUUUCUAUGCUCAUCAUUCAAAUAUCGAUAGAUUAUGGACUGUUUGGAAAACCCUAGGUGGUAGACGUCAAGACUUCACCGAUCCUGAUUUUCUAAACACUUCAUUUUUAUUUUACGAUGAAAAAGCACAAAUGGUACGUAUUAGGGUUCGUGAUGUGUUGGAUUCAAGCAAACUCGGAUACGUUUAUCAAAACGUAACGAAUCCAUGGAUAAAUUCGCGACCAACGCCUAGAGUAUCGCGGGCGUUGAGUAGCGUAAGGAGGCUCGUUGAAGCUAAAGCAGCUGAUGAUAAUAGUAAUGUUAUGAAUUUUCCUAGACCAAAAGAAAUAUUCCCAACGAAACUUGACCAUGUUAUAAAAGUGAUGGUGAAAAGGCCAAACAAGAAGAAGAGGAACAAAAAGGAGAAAAAUGAAAAAGAAGAGAUUUUAAUUGUUGAAGGGUUAGAAGUGGAGAGUGAUGUUUUUGUUAAGUUUGAUGUGUUGAUUAAUGACGAAGAUGAGACACUGGUUUCACCAGAUAAUGCUGAAUUUGUUGGAAGUUUUGUGAACGUACCACAUCAUAGUCAUGGUAAAGGUGAGAAAAAUUCGAAACGAAAAACGAAGCUGAAAUUAGCUAUAACUGAGUUGUUGGAGGAUUUGGAUGCUGAAAAUGAUGAGAAUGUGUUGGUGACUUUUGUACCCAAGAAUGGUUCUGGUGCUGUUAAAAUUGGUGGUGUUAAGAUUGUGCUUGAGGAUUAGAAGAAAAACAAGAAGUUAUUUUAAUUAAAUCAAAUAAUUAAGCAUUUUUUUUUAUGUAUUUUCUUUAAUUAGUAUCCUACUGUUUCUUUCUGAUUAAUGUUGCAUUUUGACAGUGUAAUUCGUGGAGAUACGGUGUUUUCUGAUUUAUGUCUAUUGUAAUCAACUGUUUGCAUGGAAUAAAGGAAGGAAAAGUAGUUGGAUAUUUUUA